GCGGUCUCGGUCGACCGGACUGCAGAACCGCCAGUCACACCCAUCUGCCACCUGCCCAUUGGUCCUCGGGAGAAGAAAGAAGCAGAAAGACUUUCUUCGUAACAUAUUCCUCUUGUGUCCUGGCAGCUUUGUUCUCAGCCAUCACCCUUCGCUUCCAUCAAACAUGUCUACCACCAUCAUCACACCUCCCGAGCCACGCACGCUAUUCCCACCACUGCUGGCAUGUCUUCCCACAGCAUUCAUGUCGCCGCGACCUCCGCCAGCACUCCUCCCUCUCCUCUCGCCCAUCCUCCGCCAACGAGUCAACCUUCUCGCCGGCAAUACUUCUUCCGGCCAAGGCGGCUGGCUGAACCUACUCUCCUGGUCCACCUCUCGCUCCUCCAAACUCGGCGGCAAGAUUGAAAACCUACAACUCGAAGCCCACCCCGUGUCCGGCGAGCUCGAGCUCGAAGAUAUCGACAAAGUCGGCUACCGCAGAGUCGACGAAGAGACUCUUCAAUGCUGUCUCCAGGUUGAAGAGUUUGGCCUGCUACCGGUAUACAUCUGGUGCGAGAAUGAUGCAGAAGGCGGCCAGACAGGUGGAACCACAGGAUGGAGACUAGCCGAACUGCGCGCCCUCGAGGAUCUCAGCGACGAUAUCGCCCAAUGGACCGAUAGCAUCGCAGACGCAAACGACCUUUUCGAAUCGCAAUCACACCCCAACGCUCCCGCUACAACUUCAUACCCUCAGCACGCUUCAGCCGCAGACGAAGACGACGACGAUGAUUACUGGGCUAGCUACGACAGAACGCCCAAUAAUAGAACACCCGCACGCACACCGGCCAAACGCGCUAGUCCCGCUCCUCAAGCCAGUGCUGCUGCCACAUCAAGCAACCUCGGUCCCACAAAAGAAGAGUUGGAAUACUUUGCCCGCUAUGCAGAAGAAGUGCAACCAGCGCUAGACGACCACGACCCUGAUGAAGAGACCCCUGAAACCGCAAACUCAACCCUUCGUGGCGGCGAACUGAGCGAGCAAAGAUCAGUCCCCACACAACCAGCAGGAGAGCCCAACAUAAACCCAGCUCCCCCUAUGUACGCCUCUUCCAACAACGAGUUCAACAACGCACUACAAAAAGAGCAAGCAGAAUUGGAAGCGCCACGACCCACCAGUCCAGCAAGCAGUGUCGAUAAACUAGAAAGAGGUGCCGAAGACAUGACAAGAGCAGAAGUCGGCGUCAAACAAUUCAUCAGCACAGAGAUGAAGAGCAUGUACCGCUUGGCAAGAAGCGUAGGCAUGGGAAGAGAAGAAUUCGAGAGAAUCAUCAAGACGGAAAUUGACGUUUUGGGUAUGCUCGAGGCUGACGAUUGAGGCGUUGCAUAUACCUGUUUUUGGCUAUAGCGGGCGUUUUGCAUGGUGAACUCGCGGCAUAGCAAGGAUGGUAGGUGUGUAUCUCUGAUUCUUAUAGGAUACCAGAUUUUAUAGAUUUCCGAUAUGGAGGCAAUGUUGCAAGACAUCUCAUCCACCCAUCUGACUUGCGAAUCCACUUCAUAAGAAGGCACAGCGCUUUUCAGUAUCAGAGCAAUGUCCAGUGAGAGCAGCGUUUUCACAAAACCUCCUCCUAAGCCCCUUUUUCCGAUCGAGGAGA